AUGGCAACCUCAUCAGAUUCGAAAGACAACAAACGGAUCUCUAGCACGACAUAUAUCGACGCCGGCACCAGUCACGUGUGCGAUGGAGGCCCAAUCGAAGAGAUUGACGAAAGCUAUCUGCGCGCCCCCAGCAUAAAUCCAAGGGUCCACGGCAUCAGAGGCGAGGACAUGAUGGAAAGUAACCUCUGUGGAGCAUUUAUGCUCUCCUUCUUCGGUCCCGCCACGUCUGACGCCAUCUCCAACCUUGGCGGCGGUGGUCUCUCGACUCCGUACGUAGCGAACUUGGCGACGUCGCUUGCUUGCCUGUCAGGCUGCCUGCUUCCCGUCUUUGGCGGACGCUUGGUCAACAAGUUCGGCAUCAAGUGGUCCUGCAUGAUCGCCGCCGUGGCGAUGCCUCUGGCUGGCUCGGCUUACUACAUGUCUCUGUACUGGAUCCUGUCAACCUUUUCCACGGAUGUCGGCGGUUUGUUUCGGGCCUUCGAGUCGGGCGGCCAGGCCGUCUCGUACGCCAUCAACUCCACGAGUGGCGGCGACCAUAGGAUUACAUUCUACGUCAACGCCGCUCUGCUGGCCUUGUCUGUUCCCUGCAUGGUGUUUCUGAUUCGGCUGGUGCCUGACGCCCCUGCUAGUACGGAUGUGAAUGCUGGGGAUCUGACAGCCAUUGACGGUGGACUGGACCCGGAUAGAAAGCAAACCAUACCGGCAUUGCGAUUUGCGGUUUUUAGUGCUGUGUUCAUCCUUGGUUAG